AUGAGAACGUUGACAGCACAGCCAACGGAGGUUCCGAAUGCAAGGCCAGCUGACUUUGACAUGGCUGCAUCGGAAGGACAACCUGACUCACAGGUCGAUUGUGAUCAAACUAUCAUGUCGAAGAGACGGCCUGGGGUGACUAUCGCGAAUGCUGUGGGAUGGCAAGUUCAGAACCACGAUGGCUUUGUCAAGUCUUACAUUUCGACUAUGCGCUAUGGCCCUUUCAGUGAGCAAUGUGAGACUUGGCGGCGUAUUAGCCAAUGGUCUAGUAUGCUACGAUGUGUCAUCUUAGGCGACAGUGACCCUGUCAUCAUCUCCGACGAGUUCACUGAUGAUGUCAAAAGCAUCUUGGGACCUGCCCAAGUGAAUUUCUUGAUUUGCGGCGCAGGACAUGAUCUGCCUAUGACCAAAAGCAGAGAAGUCUUAAGGCAUCUCGUGGAAUUUGAAGAUGUGAGAUCAAAAUCCGAUGUUGAUCGUUCAGCAACGUAG